GAGUGUAGAAUUGAAAAGAAACGUCGAUAGUAACGUUACUUCGAUUUGUUUUUGCUAUUUAUUCUCAUCAGAUAGCCAUUAGAGUACGUGGUGUUUUAUAUAUAUAAUUGCAUCACGCUUGUUUUGUUUUAUUUGAUUAGUUUACAUUUUAGUUGCUAUGGAGACGAAAAUGAGCAAAAACACGAAAAACAAAAUUGGCCAGGAGAGCUAGUUAACCUAGCUAGGUUAAGUUUUCAAAUUAGUGGACAACAACGUAGCGUUAUCAGUCGUUUGAGAACUCAAGAGUUCGCCCGAAAAUGGAGGAACGCUUUGCCUUUCUCGCUGAGUGGUACGACCCGAGUGCUGCACUCCUACGCCGCUACCAGCUGCUGUUCUACCCUAAAGAUGGUUCAGUGGAGAUGUAUGAUGUGAAGAACCAGCGUACAUUCUUGAGAAGGACCAAAUAUGAUGAUCUUCACCAAGAGGAUCUAUUUGUGGGGAACCGCAUCAAUGUCUUCUCUCGUCAGCUCAACCUCGUUGACUAUGGGGACCAAUAUACGGCCAAUAAACUGGGCAGCAAGAAAGAAAGGACAUUGGCUAUGAUUAAGCCAGAUGCAGUGACCAAAGUGGGUGACAUUAUUCAGAUGAUUUAUGAUGCUGGCCUUAUUGUCACCAAAGCCAAAAUGACCAAACUAAGCUGGAAGCAGGCAGGGGACUUUUACAUGGAACAUCAGUCAAAGUCUUUUUUCAAUAACCUGGUACAGUUUGUGACCUCUGGGCCGGUGGUUGUCAUGGAGCUGAUGGGAGAUGAGGCAGUGUCUGUCUGGAGGAAAGUUCUGGGGCCCACUGACUCUGGUGCAGCACGCAAAGACGCUCCAGCCAGCCUGCGUGCCAGGUUUGGCACAGAUGGCACUAAAAAUGCAGGGCAUGGAUCAGACUCUCUGGCAUCUGCUGCUCGGGAGCUGGAGCUCUUUUUCCCUUCCACUACAGGGCACGGUCCUUCCAACACGGCCCAAUACUCUUACUGCACCUGUUGCAUUAUCAAACCUCAUGCUAUCUCAGAGGCUCUGACGGGAAAGAUUCUGAACUCCAUCACAGAAGCCGGAUUUGAGAUCUCUGCUUUACAGAUAUUCAACCUAGAUCAAGCCAGUGCAGAAGAGUUUUUAGAAAUUUAUAAAGGGGUAGUCUCGGAGUAUACAGGUAUGGUGGCAGAGCUAUGUUCUGGACCCUGCAUGGCCCUGGAGAUACAUGGCCCUGAUGCACCCAGAGAAUUCCGAGCAUUCUGUGGCCCGUCUGACCCGGUGGGUGGAGUCCUUCAUCAUCCUGGUUUUCUUCAGGGAGCGACUGCUGCACAAUUCAAGGAGGUUUAGUACCUGAACCCCGGUGAUGUGCUGGUUUCUCUGCACCACCCUCUGCAGAGCUUUCAUCUUUUGAGAGCAGAGCAAUUGCUGCACCAGGUGGUAAAACAGCCAGUCAGAAUGCUUUCCACAGUGCAGGUGUGUUCUGAGGAUAUGGGGGUUCAUACCAAACCUCUUCAGCUGUCUGAAAUAGAUGAGGCACUAUUGUACCUUCUUCACUACUCAUGUUCUGUGAUCUGUCCGUGUUGGUUCCUAUGUGAUGUAAACACUAAGGAACUUUAAAGUAGUCGUUCCAUUGAUGAUGAUGGGGGUGUGCACACACUGCUGCUUCCUGAAGUCCAGUAUAAGAUCCUUAGCCUACUUGACGUUUAAGGAAAUGUUAUUAUCCUGGCACCACUGUGUUGGGAAACUGGCCUCUUCUCUGUAGGCUGCCUUUGUCAAAGUGCAGGCUCACGAUCCUUGUAUUGUCCUCGAUGUGUAUUUGUGAUGCAGGAUAUUUGUUUCUCAUGCCAAAAUUCAUUCUCUUCUGUAGAUGGUAACAGUAAUAUUUUUAAUACAGCAUUUAAGAUUAAUUUGCCCUAUGUACAUUUAAUACAGCACUACUUUUUGGCAGUACCUUUGGUGUUCCUUUCAGGAAUUCCUCUUGAAUUUUUGUUUGUCCAUCAGUGAAAUAAAAUAUCUGCCUGUGUAUGAAUUGCU